AGCUGUAUAUCGAUUUUUUAAUUCUCUCCGUCAGUUGCGCCCUUUUCUGUGUACACUACACAGGAUACAGGAGAUAGAAUAUAUGAUACAGAAUACAGAAUAUAGGAUACAGGAUACAGAAUAUAGGAUACAGGAUAUGUGAUAAAGGAGAUACAACGCAGUUGGAAUAAAAAAGACGAAAGAAAUAAAAUAUGAGUGCGACUUCAACGCCCCUUCCCCCUGGAUGGGAUAUGAAGUAUGACAGUCGAACUUCUAGAUAUUAUUACAUAAACCAUUACACAAAGACGACGAGUUGGGAGGAUCCCCGGGAGAAAUAUCAACAGAUUGGGAAACCUACAACUAAGGACAGUAAAGAGAAUCAGCGGCCCACGGCGGAGUCUGGAGGCGGAAGUGUGGCGGAUACUGUUAGGAUGGAGCAUAUAUCUUUACAAGAGUACAGAGCUAGAGCAGGGAGCCCGGGGGGUCGGGCCGGUACUCCACAGCAAGCAGCCAAUCAGAGUGUUCCUGGCUACUAUCAUGGAAUGGUAUCCCCGCAACCCCUGGGUCGGCUCCAGCAGCUUCAGCUGGAAGAAUCUGGAGGAGGAGUAGAGUCUCCUCUUAGUCAGAGAUCUCUACGCAGGGAUUCUCAUAUUCUUGCUGAACUUCAGGACAUGGAGAACACAUUUACGAACAUUGAGCAGGCAGUGGGAAGGAUAGCAGCGAUGUUCCCAACUGUUGAGGAAUCUCACAUCAGAGAUCUUUUCAAAAAGUAUCAUGGUUCCCAGGCGGUUGUGAUAUCCGCCCUGCAGGUGGCGAAACAUCCUAUUUCUACGGUAGGACCUGCCUCGGUCUAUACUCCACUCCCAUCAAGACAUGCAACUCUUCCAGGAGUAUCAAGUGCUGUUCUGUCUAACCUGACCGGCUCACUGCCCUACAACUUCCAACACAACAUGACCGGGACCCCACUCAUGGGAAUAAGAGAUAUCAGUUCAAUAGAACAGUCGUCAGGCUACCCUACUCCUAGGCCUGGAACUGCAGCCUCUGACCUGGAUACCUCAUAUUAUAUGGGUUCACCGCAGAUCUCCGCAAACCUAUUCAGAAGCUUCCCGAAACCCCACUCUUCCCCAAAGAUGAAACUUCGGUAUCUAAAGAGUGUAUUCCCUACUGUAGAAGAAUACCUACUGCUAGAUGUACUGGCUAACAGUGAGAAUAAUGUGCAGAAAGCUACGGACAGGUUGGUAAAGAUGGGAUAUGUGAAGAGAGAUGCUCCCAGUGCUCCCCGUCUCCACGCUAAGAAGAAGGAGGAGGAGAGAUUGGCGGAGAAAAGAACUCCUCUACCGAAACCUCCGCCAAUUCAAACAGAGGCGGAGAAAGAAACUCUCCGCCAGAAGAUGAAAGAAAAGUAUGAGGUCAAGUUUGAAAUCCCUGAAAGAAUUCUGUUCAUGGCUCUGGAAUCUGUACUCUACGAUGAAGAACAGGCAAACAAUCUAAUAACAGCCAUGAUAGAAGAUGAUCUGAAGCGUCAGAAACAAAAAGAGGCAGAGAAGGCCAAAGAGCGUGCUGAGAGGAAGAAAUCUCCUAAACCUGUGCGGAAAAUCCUCGAAAUUGAAAACCCGAAAUCUCCGAAGCAUGAACCAAAAAAAGCUCCAACUGGGAAAGGAAAAAGAGUUUCUGGAACAUCUGGAUUGUCAGGUAUAACUGAAGACCUGGUAGAUGCUGAUGUUAUAAAACCUUCCCUGGCCAAGGGACCCAACCCAUCUCUAAGGAAGGGGCCUAACGACGAUCUGCUUUUAACUGAUUACACUACCUGGACCGGACCUAAUCCAACACUGCGGAAAGGAAGUUGCAAGGAGAAUGCUGCUGGGCCAAAUCCUGCAAACAGAAAGGGACCAAAGGGAAGUGCUAUGGGUCCCAAUCCCGCCAACAGGAGAGGCCCACAGGUGAAAGUCAAGGGUAGCAUGAUCCCGGCUUUUGAAGGAGAACCAACCAGAAGUUUUUAAACUGCAAGAGACCCGUUUAAACUGAAGUCUAACCUUGAGAUCAAGCUUAAAACCAGUUGUAUCCUUUUAUGUUAAUACUCAUUGAGUAUAUUGAAAAAACGACUUUUAGAAAAUAGUUUAAACUGUAGAUUAUUUCUUUUCAGUAUUAUGAAAAUUUUCAAGCAUAUAAUUUUGUAAAAAUCUUUAUUCAUUUUCACUUUUCUGAAUUGUAACAGACUGUAAUCAGAGAUGGAAUUUAAAGAAUUUGAGCCGCGGUUUAAAUCUGCCAUAACCCGGUUUAAAUUAAGCGCCGGCUU